AGAAUAUUCUGCACAGAUGUUUGAUACUUUCAGAAUGGAAUACUUUUACCUAGAGGCCAAGCCGCUGCAGAGUGUUGAAAUAUGUGAACUGAACGAUUCGCCAUAAAGUGUGAAAUGGCUAUCACACGACACGUCCAACUGUCCGGUGUACGGACUCGAGGGGAAAGUGAGAAGUCUAAAUAAGUUGGUGUCACAGUGAUCAGGAAGGGUGGGAGCGACGCGCCGCAGACUGAAGCGAAGGAAUGAGUGGUACCAGUGAUUCUCACCCAAUUUUUCCCUCAUGGUGUGGAAUUUAGAUAGGACAAGUGGUGCCAAUAUAGUCGACACGUUGCUAACCUCGUGCUGGGAAAGGGAAUCGGUUGUGGGCGAGAGAGAGAGAGAGAGAGAGAGAGAGAGAGCCAAAGCAACCAGUCCGUCAUGCUGGCUUUGUUUGCAGCAAACCCUGAUCUGAACCUCAUUGUUAGCCUUGCCCCUCCCCCAACCCCGUAGCGCCGCUUCUGCAAUUUCAUUAUCAGAGGGUAGGGCAUUCAUUUAGCGAUGGAGACAUCACUUCGCUACAGCAAGGAGGAAAAGCAGCUGCUCCUGCACGCCAAGGAAAACUUCCUCCUCGACAAAGCCUUCUUCUUGGAGAUGAAGGAGCUCACUUGUGAUGUUCAAGGGAAGAAGACUCUGCCAGUUACAGACAAUGGGUUAUUAAGUGUGGAUUUGAAAGGUGGCUACAAUUUCAACCCGAGGAGUAGAAAGGGAAAACCAAGGGGUGUAGUGGAACUCAGCUACAAGGUGUUUAAUUUCACAGAGGAUCAGGAUCUAAAGUUUAAGAUUGGUUGCAAUGUUUUCAAGCAGACACCUUACUUCCAGUUAAGGGAAAACAACUGGACGUUAAACCAUGAACUCAACGUUGGCUGGAACGUAAUUUACGAUUUGUGAUUCGCAAGGGUCACACAUUAUAUCACUUGCAAGGGUUACUUUGUGAAUGGAUUGAAUCCUCACUUUGAUUACUGAACCUCUUUGGGGUAGCCUAGGAUAAUGAGACUGCUGCCAGUUAUAGGCUGCAAGCCAAGGGUCAUGUCCUCCGGCAGCUAUGCUUAGAAUAUUUAGUAACAGACAACUCAACCUUGAGUGUUCUGAAGACGGUGGAUGGGUGAUAUCAAGAAUGUUCCCUUUUUCGAAGCAGGAUGUGUUACAUCUGCUUGCAGUUCAAUUAUUUACUCA